CUCGGCUCGGCACCGGGCGGCACGGCCAUGGGUCGGGCGCGGGACCCGGGCGCGCAGCAGUGACCCACUGGUGAUGCCGGGUGCGACCCCGUGCGUGGAGCAGCAGCCGUGAGCAGCAGCCGUGCCCGCUGGCCGUGCUGCCCACCACCAGCACCAUGCCCAUCCUCAAGCAGCUCGUCUCCAACUCGGCACACUCCAAGCGGCGCUCGCGGGCCGACCUGACGGCAGAGAUGAUCAGCGCACCGCUGGGGGACUUCCGGCACACCAUGCACGUGGGCCGGGCCGGGGAUGCAUUCGGGGACACCUCGUUCCUCACCAGCAAGGCCGGCGAGCCGGAGGUAGGUGAGGAACCGGGGGCUUCCAAGCCGGGGCUGCUGUCCCGCCGCUUCCGCAGCAGCAAGCGCUCGCAGUCGGUGACGCGCGGUGACCGGCGGGACAUGCUGGGCUCGCUGCGCGACUCGGCGCUCUUCGUGAAGAAUGCCGUCUCCUUGCCGCAGCUCAAUGAGAAGGAGGUGGACAGGAGCACGGGGCAGCUGCCCAAGAGCCUCUCCUCCAGUCCCGUCAAGAAGAUGCCAGAGGAGAUGAGCCCCGAAGAGCAGCAGCGUCUCAACGGGGCAGCCGCCGGGCCGCUGAGCCCCGGUCUGGAUGAGCGCGACUUCGGGGACAUCACGGAGCUGCCCGUUGUGGUGGCCAAGAGCGGGGCUGGCAUGAAACACGCUGAGUCCAUCAUGUCCUUCCACAUCGACUUGGGGCCCUCCAUGCUCGGUGAUGUGCUGAGCAUCAUGGAUAAGGAGCAGUGGGAGCAGGAUGAAGACCUCGAGGCGGAGGAGAGCCGUGAGGAGGGGGAUGUUGCUGUACCCGGUUCUCCAGUGGCUGCGCAGAGCCAGAGUCCAUCCUGCAGCGCUGGCGGUCCCAGGGACAGCAGUGCAGCAUCCAGCUGUGCCUCGGGGCCGGGGGAGCGCAGCCCCCUCCCAGUGGGGGCACAGAGCCAGCGGGGCCCUCCGAAGCGCCCAGACAAGGAGUUCUCCUUCGCCGAUGAAGAUGAUGAUGAGAUCAGGGUAUAGGGAGGGCAGUGAGCUGAGGGGACUGGUUCUCAUUUGUGAUUGCUUGGACACAGGGGUGGGUGACCCAGUGCUGGGGCUGGCAGCACCAGGAACACUUUGCUCCUCUCCCUCCCGGAGUGCCGGUGCCAUCCCAUGGUGAUAGGAUAGUGCUGUCCUGGGAAAGCUCCAGCGCGUCCCUGGACAAGGAACAGACUCAAUCUUGGUUCUUUCUGUUGGACUUUGGAUGCUAGUGCUCUUUUUUUUUUUUUCAUUUCUUUUUUUUCCCCUGCCCACGUAAAGCAUUAUAGGAUCAAACAAGAUGAGGCUUUGAAGUUUUAGUCCCUCUAGUAAUAUAUAUAUUUUUUUCCACCAUAAGGUUUUUACUGCUCUCCGAUUUGUACUUAACUUUCUUUACUCUUGCUUUUGUUUUUUUUAACGGAGGGGACAUUUCCCAUGAGGAAGGACUCAAACUCAGAGCCCUGGGACAGCUGGCAGCUCUGGGUUUCUUAGGGACUUUCUGCAGUCUGAGAGCCGCUGCCUUUGUGCUGCAGUGGGGACUUGCUCCUCACGCUUCAGAUGGAUGCUCCAUCCCAGCAGAGACACACUCCAUAUGGCCCUGGCACCAAUUGUGCUGGGGACACCAAUAGGACGGUGGGUCUGUGCCCUGGGAUUGAAUGCCUGGGACCCCCCAGUCCAGCAUGCUGGUGGCUGCUGCUGUGGGGCUGUGCUGGUGCAGACAGGUGGAAGAAAAAGGUUUUAUACCGUGUAUGUAAAAAUGUGAAGAAUAAAGGAAAUGUUAGUGACA